AGUGGAGAUCGAGUCUGACUGUGUCUGUGUCUGUGUCUGUGUCUGUAUGAGAGAGAAACUGAGGAUUGAGUGAGUGAGGAUUCCUGAGUAGUAGUACUGGAGUUGGUGUGGGAGAGAGGGAGGGAGAGAGAGAGAGAGAGAGAGGGAGGGAAAGCUGCUUUUUUCCUUCAUCAGGGAGGGAAGGUUCUUUUUUUUUUCUUGCUGAAGGAGGGAAGGUUCUUUCCCUGACCCUUUUGUAUCUUUAUUUUUUAGGGAGAGAUCUGUUCUAAGUUUAGAUUAGAUCUGAUUUCUGUUGAAAUAAUUUUUCCCCCCCUUUGAAAUGGAAAUUUCCAGGACCCAGAUCUAUGAAUUUUAUCUCUUACAGAGAGUUUCUUAUCACUGUAAUCAUCACCUUUUGAUUUAUGGGUGAUAAACUUGGAAAAAGAUGAUUUCAUUUUUUGUUCUUCACAUUUUUUAUUAUUUCUCCAUGGAGAUUUAGUUUUCAUCUUCCUUUCUUGGGUGUAGAUCUAAUGUAAGGGAAGGGUUGUAGGAGAAUUUUUAUUUAUGUAGUCUUAUGUGAACUGUAGGUACUUUGGGGUCUGUAGAUCUGGUUUUGGAUGUUGAGAUUUUUAGUCGUUAUGGCAGAUCUAAGCGGAGCUUUCGCUAGAUUGCAUAAUUUCUUUUCAAGAUCUUGAUUUCUGUUGUAUAUAAGCUUGUUCAGUAGAGGCUUUGGGAGAUUUCUUCAGUUAAAUCUUGGGCUCCGUUUCUUCUCCCUCGUUUAUCUGUUAGGGUUUUUGGGUGACGAAGCCCAGUUGUCUGUGCUUGGAUUCCUUCCAGCAGGUCAUAUUCUUCGAACCUGUUUCGUUUUUUUUUUUUUUUUUUUUUUUCCCAUCCUUGUUGAAAGAUGACUUAUUUCCCUGAAGAGGUCGUAGAGCACAUGUUUGAUUUCCUUUCGUCGCACCGUGAUCGAAAUGCGUUGUCUCUGGUCUGCAAGUCUUGGUAUAGGUUGGAGAGAUGGAGCAGACAGAGGGUUUUUGUAGGGAAUUGUUAUGCCAUUAGUCCAGAGAGAUUAAUUGCAAGGUUUCCCAGAGUUAAAGCUCUUACGUUGAAAGGAAAGCCACAUUUUGCUGACUUCAAUCUGGUUCCUCAUGAUUGGGGUGGUUUCGUGCAUCCAUGGAUCGAGGCCCUAGCUAAGAGUUGUCCCGAGCUACAGGAGCUCAGGCUUAAGAGGAUGGUGGUCUCCGAUGAGAGCCUUGAACUGCUCUCUCGUUCAUUCCCAAACUUCAAGUCUCUGGUUCUGGUUAGUUGUGAAGGAUUUACUACAGAUGGCCUCGCAGCCAUAGCUGCCAAUUGUAGGGUUCUUAGGGAGCUGGACUUGCAAGAAAUUGAUGUUGAAGAUCGUGGGGGGAAGUGGCUGAGCUGUUUUCCUGAUAGCUGCACGACAUUGGUCUCCCUGAAUUUUUCAUGUCUCAAAGGAGAAGUGAAUUUGGGUGCUCUGGAGAGGCUUGUUGCUAGAUCUCCGAAUCUCAAGGAUCUGAGGUUAAAUAGGACAGUGCCACUUGAAACUCUCAGCAAAAUCCUCUCUCGGGCACCACAACUGGUGGACUUAGGCACAGGGUCUUAUGUUAAUGAGCCUAAUUCAGAGCACUACAUGAAGCUUACUAAUGCGGUUCUCAAUUGUAAAUCAGUUAGGAGCUUAUCUGGAUUUUUGGAUGUUGCUCCUUGCUGCUUGCCUGCAAUUUACCCCAUUUGCAUGAACUUGACAUCCUUGAACUUGAGUUAUUCGUCGGGUAUUCAGGAUAGUGAACUUAUCAAGUUGAUUCUCCAUUGCCGGAAACUUCAACGUCUAUGGAUAUUGGAUUGUAUUGGAGACAAAGGGCUAAGAGUUGUAGCUUCCACUUGUAAAGAACUGCAGGAACUGAGGGUGUUUCCAUCUGAUCCCUUUGGUGGGGGAAGUGCAGCUGUAACUGAAGUAGGCCUUGUUGCCAUAUCUAUGGGUUGCCCCAAGCUUCAUUCUUUGCUAUACUUUUGCCACCAGAUGACAAAUGCAGCCCUCAUUACAGUUGCUAAGAACUGCCCCAAUUUCAUCCGUUUCAGAUUGUGCAUCCUUGAACCAACAAAACCUGAUCAUGUGACUCAGCAGCCACUGGAUGAAGGAUUUGGGGCGGUUGUUCAGUCGUGCAAGAGCCUUAGACGAUUGUCGCUCUCGGGCCUUCUUACUGAUCAGGUUUUUCUUUACAUUGGAAUGUAUGCUGAGCGGUUGGAGAUGCUUUCAAUUGCAUUUGCUGGCGACAGUGAUAAGGGAAUGCUUUACGUGUUAAAUGGGUGCAAGAAUCUCAAGAAGCUGGAGAUCAGAGAUAGCCCCUUUGGUGAUGUUGCACUUCUAACGGACGUAGGGAAGUAUGAAACAAUGCGAUCCCUUUGGAUGUCGUCCUGCAAUGUUACUUUUGGAGGCUGCAAGGCUCUAGCAGAGAAAAUGCCUAGGCUUAAUGUGGAGAUUAUAAAUGAAAAUGAUUCGAUGGAAGAGAACCCAUGUGGUAGGAAAAAGGCUGAGAAGAUAUACGUUUAUCGCACUCUGUCUGGACCCAGGAAGGAUGCACCAGAUUUUGUCUGGACAUUAUAACUGCUCUUAUUUUGUAUUUGGCAUCUCGAACUUAUUGUACUUGUUUUGUGUUUCUAUGUAGGUUGACUAAUUUAUGUUUCAAGAUGGUGAAUUUGGGGGUUGAUUUGUCAUUA